GGCCGGUCUUGGUCUUCCUGCAUUCCACUUCCCUUUGGUUCAGUUUGAGCUGCAGUUGCCAUCAUGAGACUGGGCGUGCUUCUACUCGUGUCGGUGCUUUGGACGGCGCAAGGAUUUCCUGCACGGAAUGGUUGCGUCGGAAGACCAGGCGGUCCCCCAGGUUUAGGCAAUCCAUCUUUCCAACCAGUGGUAUUUGUACCCGUCUACUUGGCUUCCCCGGCAACUGGUCCAUGCGGUGGUCCAGGUCAAGGAGGUGAUGGUGGAAGUGGAGGAAGCGGUGGAAGUGGAAGCGGUACCAGAAGUGGAGGAAGCGGUGGAAGUGGAAGUGGAAACCGGAAGUGGAGGAAGCGGGGAAGUGGAGGAAGCGGUGGAAGUGGGCAGCGGAAGUGGAAGCGGCAGUGGGAAGGGGGAAGUGGAAGUGGAACCGGAAGUGGAGAAGCGGUGGAAGUGGAAGUGGUACGGAAGGGAGGAAGCGGUGGGAAAUGGUACGGGAAGUGGAGGAAGCAUGUGGAAGUGGAAGAUAUUGUCAUUGAGAACCCUGCGUGUUUGGUGUGA